AUGGCCACCUGCAACCUGCAGCCUCUUCUUGGCAUCAGUCCCAGAACCCCAGUUUUCAGGUGGAAAACCAUCUUCCAAUUCCUUUUAAUCACAACACUAUCAUUAUCAUCAUCCUUUAGUCUCUCUGAUAUAUCCCCUUCAAGAUUAUGCCGCACUGCCAUUGAUCAAGACGCCUGCGAAACCAUACUGAAACAAACGGUGCCGAGCUACGGCGGAAACACGAUCAGAACUCCGGCGGAUUUGCUCCGGAAAUUUUUGGCCGAUUAUCUUCCUUCCAUGGAAGCUGCAACGGUGGAGUUUGGUAAGGUCAGAGGCGAAUUAAACCACCCCAGAGAAAUUCAAGCUAUUGCAGACUGUGUAGAGCUCAUGGAAUUCUCAAUUAAUGAAGUUCGAGACACCAUUACAAUUAAAAAUCUCCGGCGCCGCCACGCCGACGCCCAGACUUCUCUCAGCGCCGUCCUCACCAACCACCUCACUUGCCUGGACGGCCUAGACCCGCCGGAGAAAUCUCCGGCGAAGGGCGUUCUUGAAUCCCUGAUUUCAAAAUCCAGAGUAGCCUUAGCAGUUCUCGCUGAAAUCAUCGGCCAGAACGAUUUCCGACGACAGGAAACUUGUUCGGAGUAA